AAGUCGCUCGAGGCUGGCGCCCACCCCGCCCUUCCUCGCGCAGGCGCGUCCUCGGGCGCCCGCCCAGCUAGGUUCCCGUCGGGCCUUCGCUUGCGGCGCCCCGGCGCUCUGGUGACGUCACGAGCUCCAGGCACCCUCAUUGGUCCAUUUCAAUAGUCGCGGGCUACUUGAACUGCACGAACAGCCGGCGGCCGGCGCGCUGCUCGCGGCACCUGGGCUUCGCUCCUCCCGCCUGCAGCGCUUGCUCCGCGCGUCGGCCGCCAGGGUCCCGCGCAGCCCGGGAGCGGCGGGCGCAGUGCACGCUCUGCUGCCGACGGAUCCCGACCGGAGCCGCGAUGCCGGGCAGCUCGGCACAGUCGGGUCGCGAGGCGGGCUCAUCCCUGCUCUCGCUGCAGCAGGAAGACCAGGAGAAUGUCAACCCCGAGAAGGUGGCGCCAGCCCAGCAGCCGCGGGCGCGGGCGGCCCUGAAGGCCGGGAACGCGCGGGCAAACGCGCCGCAGCAGAGACUCAAGACUCGGCGGGUUGCACCUCUUAAGGACCUUCCUAUAAACGAUGAACAUGUCGUCGCUGUUGGUCCUUCAUGGAAAGCAACCAGUAAACAGCCUGCCUUCACUAUUCAUGUGGAUGAAGAGGAGGGGACCCAGAAAAUGCCAGUUGAGCAUAAAGAAAUACAGUGUGAAGAUGCCCUUGCUUUUAAUGCUGCUGUCUCUUUACCUGGAGCAAGAAAACCACUGGUUCCUCUUGAUUAUCCAAUGGAUGGUAGCUUUGAAUCACCACAUGCUAUGGAUAUGUCUAUUGUCUUAGAAGACGAAAAGCCAGUGAGUGUUAAUGAAGUACCCGACUAUCAUGAAGAUAUUCACACAUACCUUAGGGAAAUGGAGGUUAAAUGUAAACCUAAAGUGGGUUAUAUGAAGAAGCAGCCAGACAUCACUAACAGUAUGCGGGCCAUCCUUGUGGACUGGCUAGUUGAAGUGGGAGAAGAAUAUAAAUUACAGAAUGAGACCCUGCAUUUGGCUGUGAACUACAUAGAUCGGUUCCUCUCUUCCAUGUCAGUGUUAAGAGGGAAGCUUCAACUUGUGGGAACUGCUGCUAUGCUGCUAGCUUCAAAGUUCGAAGAAAUAUACCCCCCUGAAGUAGCAGAGUUUGUGUAUAUUACAGACGAUACCUAUUCCAAGAAGCAGGUUCUGAGAAUGGAGCACCUAGUAUUGAAAGUCCUUGCUUUUGACUUAGCUGCGCCAACAGUAAACCAGUUUCUUAACCAGUACUUUCUGCACCAGCAGCCUGCAAACUGCAAAGUUGAAAGCUUAGCAAUGUUUUUGGGAGAAUUAAGUUUGAUAGAUGCUGAUCCAUACCUAAAGUAUUUGCCAUCACUUAUUGCUGGAGCUGCCUUUCAUUUAGCACUCUAUACAGUCACAGGACAAAGCUGGCCUGAGUCAUUGGUACAAAAGACUGGAUAUACCCUGGAAAGUCUUAAGCCUUGUCUCAUGGACCUUCACCAGACCUACCUCAGAGCAGCACAGCAUGCCCAACAGUCAAUAAGGGAAAAGUACAAACAUUCAAAAUAUCAUGGCGUUUCUCUUCUCAACCCACCAGAGACACUAAAUGUGUAAGAAUGAAAGACUACCUUUGUUUAAAAUGGGAGUCACUCAGAGUUCAUAAUGUACAGUUUUUAUCUUGGGUUUUAAUUUCACAAAUCAUUUCAUAAUGUAGAUGGUAUAGCCACAGACAAAUUAUGGUAUCCAUUGCUUUUUAAAUGGUUUUAAUUUGUAUAUCUUUUGUACAUGUGUCUAUCUUAGAUAUUUGGCUAAUUUUAAUUGGUUUGUUAACAUUUGGUGCUGCCAACUGUCAGGAUAAGAAUAAAUUGAUUUGGAAAUCUUUGCAAGUCAAAGUUAA